AUGCAAGGUUUGCACAAUCAGGGCAACACCUGCUAUUUUAACGCAAUUCUCCAGUGCCUGUGUCGAGUUUCUGGCCUUAAAGCCCUUGUCGAUCAUUUUUUAACUAGCGAAACCCGCGCUGUGCUAAAGCGUUCAACGGACAAGGUAGGUUACCUGAUUAGUUUUAAAUGUUACGGUGAUGUCCAUUCGCUGGACCUCUAUCUUCCCCGACUCAAUGCGCCACUAUCUACUGCGUACACUGCCUUCGCUGAGGAAUUGUUUGGGUCCCAAAACACUCGGCCCUCGAUAACUCCAGAGAUGCUACGGGCUGCAUUGGUGAAGCAGUACCCGCGCUUCGGCGAUUUCGGCCAGCACGACAGCCACGAGGUGCUGAGGUGCCUUCUUGACGGCUUGCGGCAGGAUGAGCUCAAACUCUGGCAGAGGGCCAUCCUCAAUAAACUGCACGUCGAUGCCCAGGUACACCAUCCCAAUAGCCCCAUUUUUCUAUGGUCCCUACUUUCCGUCUGCUCGCAACUACCACAGACUCUAACUGUUUUGGCUUCACAGGCAGCCGGCGAGGUGAAGACGGAUGUGCGGUCUUGGGGCAGGUCCACCGGCCUCUCCACCUCCGUUGACAGGGUCUUCGGCGGCCUCCUGCUCACCUCCUUUACGUGCAACGAGUGCGAGAGCACCACACAGCACUUUGAGGUCUUCCUGGACCUCUCUCUCCCCAUCCUCAUAGACGGUGAGACAGGCGACGACGUGCUGCUCCACGGGUCGUACAAGGCUCCGCGUGACUACGGAGAUAACCUGCCCAAAUCUAAGCGAGAACUGAAAAGAGAGCGCAGAGCAAAGAAAAAUAGGGGCAAGCUAUGGCAAUUGGGCAUCCCCGUCGACGACGAAGUGGACGAUGAGCCAAACGGCGGUGAUGAAGACAUUCAUCCAAAGAAAGGCGAUUUGCGAACGAAGCGUAAAGGCAGAUACAGUAAUAAAUUUCGUCUGCCUUCCGAAGACGAGGAAGAAAAUUCUGGCAAGGAGGGGGAAGAGGAGAAGCAGGAGGAGGAUCAGGAUCAGUGUCUUAAUGGUGAAACUGCUGGAAAUACGGCGAACGGUGAAGCGGACACGGAAAUCGGGGGUGCUUCAAGUGAUGCCUCUUUUGGCUCCUUGUCCUCAGAGGAGCCGCUCGAAAACUGCACCAACGGUGCCUUGUCUGAAACAGCAGACAACAAUGAGGCCGAUUCUUGCCAAAUUGUGGCAGAAAACGGCAUCAGCUGUAACGGUGAGUGGCGGUGGUCCACUGCGGUCAUUUUUGCCCUUCCCCCGACCCUAGGAGCCUCGGCAGACGUCGAGGACAACGAGGGCGGAGGCCUCUCCGACAGCUCGGCGCCGACGCCGCCCGCCGACGUGAACAACAGCCUGGCAAACGACCUCUCCACGAAACUGCACAUCUCCCCGGCCGGAUUCACCACUUCCAUCGCGCAGCCAAGCGAAGAGGAGAGGGCCAGGGCCGUGUCUCAGAAGCCCAUCCUGCAAGCGCCCCCACCGUCUACUCUCACCGACUUGGAGCGAUGCCUUCUUGCUUACACCGAUGCCACGAAGAUGAAUGGCCUCAACCAAGUCGUCUGUGAGGUGUGCUCCAAGCGAUCGGGCUUUGACAAUGUUUUGCGCGACACUGUCAAGCGUGAUCUCAUCAUCCGACCUCCUGCAGUGCUAACCCUGCAUCUCAAGCGUUUCCAACAAUUAUCAUCCGGCGAAGGCCAGUACCGCCUGUUCGGCGUGGUAGAGCAUGCGGGUCACCUGCGUGGCGGACACUACGUGUGCUACGUGCCCGACGAGCCGCCGCAACGCCCCCUGCCCGACCUGCGCUUCGUUCCCACCCUGGAGAAGCCCGACCCCUGGCCCAUGUACCUCCACCACCUCGUGUACCAGCUGCGUCGUGCCGACGACAGGGUGAUUUACGGCUGCCCCGUGGACGACGACAACCCCGCAGCACCUUUGACGGAUUCACGGCGUUGGCUCUGCUGCAACGACAGCCGCGUCGCCCGCGUGUCGCUCUCCACUGUGCUCAACGCCGAGCCUUACAUCCUCUUCUACGAACGCGUUAGGUAG